GACGGCAACAGGGAGCAAUUGGUAACGCCUAUAUAUAAAUGGACAAGGAAGAAGAAUCUUCCGCUCAUCUCCCAAUAACACCUCUUCCGCCAUCGUCACUCCCUCAUCCUUCCUUUGCAAAUCAAACCAAAGAGAAACACUCGGACGACAAGUGACAAGUUGCAUAUAUAAAUACCACAGCUGUUGGUGCCUUAUAUGGUAACAGCCUUCCUCUUCUCAUUUUCUUUUUCUAUAAAAUCUGUCAUUUGUUGACUCUCUUCCUCCAUUCUACAACCGCUCUGCUCUUUUCUCCUCUGUUUCACAGAAGUUCAGUGAAAGAUGUUGGAAAAGAAAAUGGGAGGAAUUAAUGUUGAUAAGGUGAUAGAAGAAUUUGAAGCAAUGACAAAGAAUGCAGAAAGGGUACAGAAGGAGACACUGAAGAAGAUUCUAGAAGAAAAUGGAUCUGCAGAAUACUUGCAGAAUCUGGGUCUCGAUGGAAGAACUGAUCCCGAGAGUUUCAAGAUUUGUGUUCCUAUCUGUACCCACGGUGACUUGGAACCUUAUAUUCAGAGAAUUGCAGAUGGGGAUUCUUCUCCUGUGCUUACCGGAAAGCCUAUAACAACCAUAUCUUUAAGUUCGGGUACUACUCAAGGAAAGCCCAAAUAUGUACCAUUCACUGAUCAAUUGUUGGAUAACACCUUGCAGAUAUUUAGAACCUCUUUUGCCUAUAGAAACAGAGAAUUCCCUCUUGAGAAUGGUAAAGCCUUGGAGUUUGUCUUCAGCAGCAAGCAGGGAAAAACAAAGGGCGGUUUGGCUGCUGGAACAGCUACAACAAAUCUCUUUCGCAACCCUAACUACAAAACUGCAUUGGAGGAACUGCAGUUCAAAUCCUGCAGCCCUCGUGAAGUUAUAUUUGGUUCUGACUUUCAUCAGUCACUGUAUUGCCAUCUCUUGUGUGGGUUAAUCUUCCGUGAAGAUAUCCAAUUUGUGUUCUCUACAUUUGCCCAUAGCAUUGUCCUUGCAUUUCGAACUUUUGAACAAGUUUGGGAAGAGCUGUGUGAUGACAUACGGAAUGGGGAACUCAGCAGCCGGAUCACUGCCCCUUCCAUCCGAACAGCAAUGUCGCAUUUGCUUAAGCCAAAUGCUGAAUUGGCUGAUUUGAUCCAUACAAAAUGCUCAGGAUUGAGUAAUUGGUAUGGGUUAAUACCUGAACUUUUCCCUAAUGCCAAGUAUAUCUAUGGGAUAAUGACUGGGUCAAUGGAGCCUUAUUUGAAAAAGUUGAGGCACUAUGCAGGGGAGCUGCCUUUGUUGAGUGCUGAUUAUGGUGCUUCAGAAGGGUGGAUUGCAGCAAAUGUCAAUCCGCUAUUGCCUCCUGAGUUGGCUACUUUUGCUGUGUUACCUGACAUCGGAUAUUUUGAAUUCAUUCCUCUUAGGAGAAAUGGAGAUCACAUCUAUUCAGAGCCCAAGCCCAUUGGCCUGUCUGAUGUCAAGAUUGGCGAAGAGUAUGAGAUCCUUGUCACCAAUUUUGCAGGUUUUUACAGGUACAGACUAGGAGAUGUUGUGAAGGUUAUGGGCUUCCAUAACUCGACCCCAGAACUUAAAUUUGUAUGCAGAAGGAGCCUACUGCUCAGCAUAAACAUUGACAAGAACACUGAAAAAGAUUUACAGUUGGUUGUAGAAGAAGCAGCUAAGUUGUUAGCGGACGAGAAACUUGAAGUCGUUGAUUUCAGCAGUCUAGCGGAUCGUUCCACUGACCCUGGCCACUAUGUUAUCUUUUGGGAAAUUAGUGGGGAACCAACAGCGGAGGUCUUGCAAGAGUGCUGCAAUUGCCUGGACCGAUCUUUUCUUGAUGCAGGAUAUGUUACCUCGCGCAAGGUUAAAGCGAUUGGACCUCUCGAGCUUCGAGUUGUUCAUAGAGGAACUUUCCAGAAGAUUCUGGAUCAUUAUUUGGGGUUAGGAGCUGCUGUUAGUCAAUUUAAAACUCCCAGAUGCGUCGGUCCCGCAAACAAUGUGGUAUCGCAAAUCUUGAGCAAUAAUGUCGCCAAGUCCUACGUUAGCACUGCUUUUUGAGUUAAAAAUGGAUGGUCUGAUCCUGUAAUAGCUCAAUCUGGUUAGGGUUUAUUAGCAGAGCAGUAUAUAUAAGUAUGAUGCAUAUUUUACUUUUGUGUCAGUUUCGUCCAAUGGAGGGCUCACUGAGUGCAGAAAAUGUUUCAGAUCAGUGCAAUCCUUACAAGUCUUGUAAUCAUGAGGAUGAAGCAGGUUAGGAAGUUAAUUAUCUUAAAAGUAAUUAUCCUUAAAAGAAAAGUCAAA